CGGGGAGACGCCCGCCCGCCAGCCCGGGCCUCGCCUACGGCCGCUCCCUCCGCCUCCUCCCCGCCCCGAGCCCCGGUCUGCCCGUCCUUCCUUCCCCUCCCGUGCAUGAUGGAAACACCAUGGCUGCGGCGGCCCAGUUCUCCCUGACACAGUUAUCAAGUGGGAAUCCUGUAUAUGAAAAAUACUAUAGACAGGUUGAUACAGGCAAUACUGGAAGGGUGUUAGCUUCUGAAGCUGCUGCUUUCUUGAAAAAAUCAGGGCUUCCAGACUUGAUACUUGGAAAGAUCUGGGAUUUAGCUGACACAGAUGGCAAAGGUAUCCUAAACAAACAAGAAUUCUUUGUUGCUUUGCGUCUUGUGGCAUGUGCCCAGAAUGGAUUGGAGGUUUCACUGAGUAGCUUGAACCUGGCUGUUCCUCCACCAAGAUUUCAUGAUACCAGUAGUCCUUUGCUAAUCGGUGGAACCUCUGCAGCUGAGCUCCCAUGGGCAGUAAAAUCUGAAGAUAAAGCCAAAUAUGAUGCAAUUUUUGACAGUUUAAGCCCUGUGAAUGGAUUUCUGUCUGGUGAUAAAGUGAAACCAGUGCUUCUCAACUCUAAAUUACCUGUGGAUAUCCUUGGAAGAGUUUGGGAGUUGAGUGACAUUGACCAUGAUGGAAUGCUUGACAGAGAUGAGUUUGCAGUUGCCAUGUUUUUGGUGUACUGUGCACUGGAGAAAGAACCUGUGCCAAUGUCCUUGCCUCCAGCCUUGGUGCCACCUUCUAAGAGAAAAACGUGGGUUGUAUCCCCUGCAGAAAAAGCAAAAUAUGAUGACAUCUUCCUGAAAACUGAUAAAGAUAUGGAUGGAUUUGUAUCUGGAUUGGAAGUCCGUGAAAUCUUCCUAAAAACAGGUUUACCUUCUGCCUUACUAGCCCAUAUUUGGGCAUUAUGUGACACAAAGAACUGUGGGAGGCUUUCAAAGGAUCAAUUUGCCUUGGCUUUUCACUUAAUCAAUCAAAAGUUAAUAAAGGGAAUUGAUCCUCCUCACAUUCUUACUCCUGAGAUGAUUCCACCAUCAGACAGGGCCAGUUUACAAAAGAACAUCGUAGGAUCAAGUCCUGUUGCAGAUUUCUCUGCUAUUAAGGAGCUAGAUACCCUUAACAAUGAGAUAGUUGAUUUACAGAGGGAAAAGAAUAAUGUGGAACAAGACCUUAAGGAGAAAGAAGAUACUAUUAAGCAGAGGACAAGCGAGGUUCAGGAUCUUCAAGAUGAAGUUCAGAGGGAGAAUACUAAUCUGCAAAAACUACAGGCCCAGAAACAACAAGUACAGGAACUCCUUGAUGAACUGGAUGAACAGAAAGCCCAGCUGGAGGAACAGCUCAAGGAAGUCAGAAAGAAAUGUGCUGAGGAGGCCCAGCUGAUCUCUUCUCUGAAAGCCGAAAUAACUAGUCAGGAAUCACAGAUUUCCACUUACGAAGAAGAACUGGCCAAAGCCAGGGAGGAGCUGAGCCGCCUACAGCAAGAAACAGCAGAAUUGGAGGAGAGUGUGGAGUCAGGGAAGGCUCAGCUGGAACCUCUUCAGCAGCACUUACAAGAGUCAAAACAGGAAAUCAGUUCAAUGCAAACGAAACUGAUGGAAAUGAAAGACCUAGAAAAUCAUAAUAAUCAGUUAAAUUGGUGCAGUAGCCCUCACUGCAUUCUUGUAAAUGGCGCGACAGAAGAUUGUAGCCUCAGCACCAGCAGCAGUGAAACAGCCAACCUUAAUGAACAUGCUGAAGGCCAGAGCAACCUAGAAUCUGAGCCCAUACAACAGGAGUCUCCGGCAAGAAGCAGUCCUGAAAUACCACCUUUAGCUAUGACAGAUGAAAACGAAGUGCUGACUGUAGUUGUUAACGAAGAAGAUUGUCCUGAAUUUGACACUGGCAGACAUUCAAAAGAGGAAGAUCCAUUUAAUGCAGACCCAAGUUCACUAACAGAUCCAGUUGCAGAUACAAACUUGGAUUUCUUCCAGUCUGAUCCUUUUGUUGGUAGUGAUCCUUUCAAAGAUGAUCCUUUUGGGAAAAUUGAUCCAUUUGGUGGUGAUCCUUUCAAAGGUUCAGAUCCGUUUGCAUCUGACUGUUUCUUCAGCCAGUCUUCCACUGAUCCUUUUGCCACUUCAAGCACUGACCCUUUCAGUGCAGUCAGCAACAGCAGUAAUACAUCGGUAGAAACACUGAAACACAAUGAUCCUUUUGCUCCUGGUGGAACAGUUGUUGCAGCAAGUGAUUCAGCCACAGACCCCUUCGCUUCUGUUUUUGGAAAUGAAUCAUUUGGAGAUGGAUUUGCUGACUUCAGCACAUUGUCAAAGGUCAACAAUGAAGAUCCUUUCAGUUCAGCCACAGGGAGCUCUGGCAGCAAUGUGGUUAUUACAAAAAAUGUGUUCGAGGACACGUCAGUCAAAAGUGAAGAUGUACCCCCUGCACUGCCACCAAAGAUCGGAACUCCAACAAGACCCUGCCCACCACCACCUGGGAAAAGACCCAUCAACAAAUCGGAUUCUUCUGAUCCCUUUAAACUGAAUGAUCCAUUUCAGCCUUUCCCAGACAAUGAUAGCCCCAAAGAAAAAGAUCCUGAUAUGUUUUGUGAUCCAUUCACUGCUACUCCUACCACUGCCAAUACAGAGGCUGGCCCAGGCGAUUUUGCUGACUUCAGUGCUUAUCCCUCUGAAGAAGAUAUGAUAGAAUGGGCCAAGAGGGAGAGUGAGAGAGAGGAAGAACAGAGGCUUGCCCGGCUGAAUCAGCAAGAGCAGGAAGACUUAGAACUGGCCAUUGCACUCAGCAAAUCUGAGAUAUCAGAAGCAUGAAGAAUUCUUUGUCCUUUGUCAACAGUACCGUUGUCUUCUUCCUGAAUACUGGAGCUAUUUACAAUGUGUAUAAAAACUACCGAUGAGCAUGGGAAUACAAAAGGUUUGAGAUUCCUGUAAAUGUGACAAUAUUUUAAGUUUGGUUUUUUGUUUUUUGUUUUUUUUUAAAAAACACCAUUUCAGAUUUGUCACUUUCUUGUGAAAAGUAGUAACCCAGUCAGACAACUUCACCUAGGUCCCCUUCCGGUAUACAUUAGUGUGAGCUUUUGCCUGCCUAUGCUACUUUAACUUGAAAAGCUAGAGCACCCAAGCUUCUGCCUUCUGGAACAUAGAGAAAUAGUUUCACCCUAUGCUACCCUUGUUCUGUAGUUAUGCUGAUGAUAGCCAGUGGGGUUCUUAAAGUUUGCAGUAUUCUCCCUGAUUUAAUGUUGAGGGAGAGUAAAGGAAAAAACAUUUUAUUUCCUUUAUGAUUACUGCAAAGCAAGUAUUUAAAUGCAUUUUUAUAUUCCCUUAUAGUAAAAAUACUGUUUAAUUUGUUUUUUAGAGACAAGGAAACAUUUCAGCUUUACUAUUGAAAAAGGAAUAUUUUGGUUGAACCAUUACAGCUUUAGAUUCGAUCUUUCCCUAAAUAAAAAUGUUAAAGCUUCAUGUGUGAAAUAAUUUUUAAAAAAUUUCUCUGGAUUUAAAGAAUUUUAGAUCAACAGAUACCUCUCCAUGUUUGCUAAUUAAUAAAAUUAAUUUCUUACAAAUAAGAUUUGUAGGAAAAUGUUCAUUGUAAAUGCUAGGCAAUGGAGAAAAUGUAUCACCUAAAAUAUACCCAGCAGUAUAAGGUAAACAGCUCUUCUGCCUUUGCUGUGGCCCUGUCCUCUUUAGUUUUGUUUCUGUACUUUGCAGAAGAAACUUUAGCAGGCUAGAACUGGAAGAUACUUUCUCUUUGUUUUCUUUUAUUUUUCUUUUUGUCCUUUGAAGACCAGGAAGUUGUUUUGUUUUCUUUAAUGAAGGCUCAAUUACUUGAAAUAUAAAAUCUUUCACUGAAUAUAAGUAGAAAAAGUAAUGUGUAUUAUAUUGCUUUUUAUCCAUCUUAAAUUUGUUUAUUUACUCUUCAUAUUUUUAACCUAUAAAAUUGGCAAGCUAGCAAAAAUUCUUAUUUUUUAAUUGGGAGAAAAGAGACCUGCCAAAUUUUCAAAAUUAUUCAUGUAUUGCAUGAAUAAUUAUUAAAAGACCAUUGUAAAACUGAGCUAACAGACAAGCUGAAUUUGAAAUAUACUGUGAAGUAGGCUAUAACUUGUAAUCUUACUUUUUUUAAACAUGAGUUACUGAUUUAGAUGACAUGUUGAAUACCAAGAUAAAGAAAAAUGCACCCAAAAACAUUGAAGUUCUCUGGGGUCGCCAAGUCAAGGUGGUGUUGAUUUAUGUUAAUCAGAGUAACUUACUGCCUAGCCUAUAAAUAAAUUGAAAAAUAUCCAAUUCAUUUUAUUUUGAAAUGGUGCUUUUUUUCUUUCCAUACACAAUUUGGAUUGCUGCAGUUUAAAACAAAGUUAACCACUUCUUACAUUGCUUUUUUCUACCUUUGUAAAUAGAAACAUUUCAACAUAAAAGUUAUACAUGUGAAGCAAGGGCUGCACUAUAAUUGCAAGACUUUAAUUUUGAUAAACUAAUCCAGCAACCUAAAUAUUUACUACAUAAGUUGGUUGACAAGGUAGUGUUGGGAGUUGUGAAAGGUGGUGUUUUCUUGUUCUCUUCCCCUUACUCUUUAGAAAAAAGGUAAGUUGACUUGAACAACCUUCUUUUGCACUGGGAAAAUAAACAUAUGUUUGAAAUGCUUUUAAAAUAUUUUUUUUUUAAUUAAAAAAACACUCUAGAAAAUAUUAAAUAUAUGUAAGUUAUAAACACCAACUUUUGAUGUAAUAAAUGUACCCUAAUCUUAUGUAUGUAUAACUGGAUUACAUAGAUUCUUAUCUUUUGUUAAAAUAUGUAUACUCAGUGGACCAAUAUGAUAUUAAAGUGUGUAUAUAUCAUAUAAAUAUAUAUCACUCCAUGCUCGCCUGUGUAGGAUGAAUGUCUUAGAGCUGUUUGUGAUACUUUAUGUUGUUGACUCUGGCUCCAGGGCCUGUGCUUGAAAAGGACAGCAGGUAUUCCCCGAGAGCUAAAUGGCACUACUUACAAAGUCUAACCAUCUUCUACAUACUGGUUCAGGUUUUUGGGGCUCUCUUUAUGGAAUUUAUCUUAUGUUUCAGAUGUCUAAAUUGUAGCCUGUAAUUAUGAGAACAAUAAACCUUAAAUAAUAAUAAUAAAGUAUACUAUCCAUAUAUCCAAUUUGCAGUGGAAUUUUGCACAGUUCUCUGAUUAUAUCCAUGCUGUGUCCAAGGAGAAAUAGGUAUACAAUCGGCACAGAUUAAUAUGUGUAAAGUGUCUGGGACAGUACCUUGUAUAGAAUAAAUAAUAGAUGUUAACUAUUAUUUUUAGUUAUCAUAUCCUAUUUUCAUGAAAGAUAGGAAAUGUCUAUGUACAGAGACAGUGCCUGAAACGUACAUGGCUUUAUAUUUGUUGAAUGAGGAUUUGUGACAUGGACUCUUGGAAGGCACUGUGAUCUAAUAAAUUCAUACAAUCCUGGGACCG